AAAAGCUUCUAAGCAUAGGACAUAUUAAUACAGGGGGUUUUCUGGUUGCACGUAGCUUUGGCAUGCGGCAGAAGUCACAAGAGGUGAGAUAAAGAUGUGUUUCCAAUAAAAUGCAGACUUUUCUUUCUGCGCUGUUUAUUCUUCUGUGGUUGCGUGGAGGGAAAGUGCUGAUGAGACAACCUGCAGCAUCGUUACGGCCCGGCAAACUCUGGUGCUAACAGUCUUGAUACCCAUUAUGGCUUCGUCAUCAACMCCUAAAUAUAAUUCAAACUCUUUGGAGAGCUCCUCAAUUAAAAGGACUCUAAAAGAYGGAACUAAUUGGGAACAAAAUGAGGAAAUACCUCGGUUGCCAGGAGAAACUAGAGUUACAGACAAGGAUGUAAUUUAUAUGUGUCCAUUCAAUGGCCCUGUUAAAGGACGAGUGUACAUCACGAACUACAGACUGUACCUAAGAAGUGUGGAAACGGACCCAGUUGUGGUGUUGAAUGUUCCUUUGGGUGUGAUUUCAAGGAUUGAAAAAAUGGGAGGUGCCUCAAGCAGAGGAGAGAAUUCUUAUGGAUUAGAUAUAACGUGUAAAGAUAUGAGAAACUUAAGGUUUGCAUUAAAACAAGAAGGGCACAGUAGAAGAGAUAUAUUUGAAGUCCUCACAAAACAUGCUUUUCCCCAGUCACAUAACUUGCCUUUUUUUGCUUUUGCAAAUGAAGAAAAGUUUUCUGAAAACGGAUGGAUGGUGUAUAAUCCAAUGUGUGAAUACAGGAGACAAGGGCUGCCCAAUGAACGGUGGCGAGUGACUUUCAUUAAUGAACACUAUGGACUGUGUGACACAUAUCCAUCACUCCUGGUAGUGCCAUAUAAUGCAACAGAUGACGACCUCAAGAAAGUGGCUGCCUUUAGAUCCCGAAACAGAAUCCCAGUUCUAUCAUGGAUUCAUCCAGAGAAUCAAGCUGUUAUUAUGCGAUGCAGUCAGCCCCUCGUUGGCAUGAGCGGCAAACGGAAUAAAGACGAUGAAAGAUACCUUGAUAUCAUCAGGGAGGCUAAUGGGCAAAUAUCAAAGCUGACCAUCUAUGAUGCUAGGCCCAAUGUCAAUGCAGUCGCCAACAAGGCAACUGGUGGAGGAUAUGAAAGUGAAGAUGCAUAUCCCAAUGCAGAACUCUUCUUUUUGGACAUUCAUAAUAUUCAUGUCAUGCGGGAAUCUUUGAAGAAGUUGAAAGACAUUGUUUAUCCUAAUGUGGAGGAAUCACACUGGUUAUCUAGUCUGGAAUCAACCCAUUGGCURGAACAUAUAAAGCUGGUCUUAACAGGAGCUAUUCAAGUGGCCGACAAGGUGUCCUCUGGAAGGAGCUCCGUGCUGGUUCACUGCAGUGACGGCUGGGACCGGACUGCGCAGCUCACGUCGCUGGCCAUGCUCAUGCUGGACAGCUACUACAGAACAAUUGAAGGUUUUGAAGUUCUCGUGCAGAAGGAGUGGAUAAGCUUUGGGCACAAAUUUGCAUCGAGAAUAGGCCAUGGUGAUAAAAAUCAUGCUGAUGCAGACAGAUCCCCCAUCUUUCUCCAGUAUAUUGACUGCGUGUGGCAGAUGUCUAAACAGUUUCCUACAGCCUUUGAAUUCAAUGAGCAAUUCUUGAUUACAAUCCUGGAUCACUUGUACAGCUGCCGAUUUGGUACUUUCUUGUACAACAGCGAAUCUGUUAGAGAAAAAGAGAAAGUGACUGAGAAAACAUUAUCAUUGUGGUCUUUGAUAAACAGUGAAAAAUCUAAAUUCACCAAUCCUUUUUAUACUAAAGAGCUAAAUCGAGCGCUGUAUCCAGUAGCCAGUAUGCGUCACCUAGAACUUUGGGUCAAUUAUUACAUCAGAUGGAACCCAAGAAUUCGGCAACAACAACCAAAUCCAGUGGAGCAGCGUUACAUGGAACUCCUUGCAUUACGUGAUGAUUAUAUGAGGAGACUUGAAGAACUACAGAUCACAAAUAAUUCUAAGAUACCCAAUUCAUCGGCCUCAUCAGCAUCUCCCUCUCAAAUGAUGUCCCAUGUACAAACCCAUUUUUGAGGAAAAUGCUGGUUCCUUUGUACAUUAUAAUAGCAAGAGGUGACUUGUAUGUGUAGUAUAAAGACAAAACAUGUUAAUGCCUUACAUUGGAUUGUGUCCUAACACAAAAUAUUUUAGACUGCCUUCAUUUAAGGAGGAUUUCAAAAUGUGCAAAACCAACUCUUUAAUUAUGUGCCUUUCAGAACCUGUGUAUUGGGAACGUUCAUAACCAAUGUCUAGUUGUGGAGUGCUUAAGAGAGAUUUUGGAAAGUCUGGUACAGUUAAAAUGAAAUUGAUUGUUUCUGUAAUAAUGACUUUAAUUUGUGAUACUUAGGUCUUAUUCUUGUAAGGAAAUUCAUGCUCACUCUUACAUGUUGUGAAUAAACAUACUGGUAUCAAUAGGAAUUUUCACAUUCUGUAAAAAUAGGCAGGUAUGUGAUCCUUUUAGAAAUAAGACUUUGGAGUAAAAAACAAAUUAUGUCUAAAGAUUUCAGACAGAAGUGUUAAAAUGUUAUGGUUAGAUGAUUCCAAUUUUUGCUUAAAAUUAAAUGAAAAUAUGGAAGGACUUUUUCUGAUUUCUUUAAACAGUUCAAAUUUCUCACUAGGUAUUAAUUGAAGAAAAAUCAAAAUUUUAUAUUAGUUUUUCUUUAAACAUGACAAUUGAACUGGAUUGAGAAGUUGUAUUUUGGUYAACUGUUUUACAUUACAGGCAUCACAGGUUAUCAGUGUUGGCUGUAUUGGUUCUGUGGAUUAAACCAGAGUAAAAAGAUUUUCCCAAAAAAGCUUCUAUAACUAACAGCAGACUUGCAGAGACAUUGCUUAAAUAUCCAGCAACAGCAAUUGUCUUAAAGCUUGUGUACGUCUUCUAAAAUUAAAUGUGCCUGUUUAGAGCAGCUUUCAUACCAAAGUAGGCAAAAAAUUCUCAGUUACAAAUACUGUUGAAAACUUGUAAAUGUAUAGCUUACUGUUUAAUGUAUAUUUAACUUUGGAUAAUGAAUUUAUUAAGUGUUUAAAGGGACUUCAGUAUACAGGAUUGACAUAUAGUAUGUGCACUUACAUUGAAUCUUUCAGUGAAUUCUUGCUUGAAGCCUUUGUUUCAGAGGCUUCUUGUAAACCUUUCUAAUUUGCUCCUUUCAGAUAUUUUUUAAUAGUUGCAAGCACUUCUUACGACAGCACAAACCUUGCUACUUGGUAUUUAAUUAAUGUUUUUCAUAUUCUCAGAAGUUUUAAUGAUAUUCAGGCAAACCAGGAAACUUUGCAAUUCAGAAUGUGUAGAGGACUAAUAUUGUUAUUUUAAAGGAGAUGUUUUGAUGCUUGCGGCUUCGAUCAUUGUAAAUUAUUGUACAUGUGGUGAGUUUUGAUCUGCAAAAUAUAAUAGGAUUAUAUAUAAAUUUAAGUUUUGUGUAAGUGUAUAUAUAAUAUAGUUUAUUAGAAGUUCUGCAAGUUUAUAAAGUGUAAAUAUUUUGCAUAUGAAACUAAAUUUAAAGCUAUAGUUCCAUAAAAUAAGUCAAAGUUUAGAGGACAUCUGAGUAUUUUUAGAAACAGUAUUUUUUCAAAAAAAAAAAUAUGCCACCUCUUUAAUUCAGUAUAUACACUGAAUUGCACUAUUUUUUCAGGGAAGUUCAGAACAUACUGCAUGUGCUUUUAAAAAAUGCACAUGCCUUAUACACACUUAUUUUUGUCCUCUAAAUUUCAUUCUCCCUUGGAUGUUUUUCCAGUGUGUUUCCAAAGUACUUGUCCCAUAAUCUUAGUCUAUUAAGAUGAGUGGGACGCACUGUAUCAGAUGAAGAAUGAUUCUGGAUUGAUAACUGCGAACUUCAACUUUACACUUUGAAAACUGUGCAUACUCUCGUAUGUUUACCUUCCAUUUGCUUCUGGCCAAUAAGAAAACUAAUGUGGGGGAAAAUAUUUGAAGUUUCUGUAUUUGAGUUGAAUGCAUCAGUGUCAUCUGAGUAAUGUGGAGGUGUUGAGAAAAUGCAGUA